UAUAAUAUGUGUCAUUAGUGUGUGGUGUUAUGGAGAAGACUCUCUAAUAAAACAGAUGCCAGACGGGAGAUGGAACUGCUCCGUGCAGCACUGGUCCGACUACCGCCAGCACUUCCCGUGUAACCUGGUGACUGAGUGCGUGGGCGGCGAGGACGAGGCUGAGUGUCCGUACACCAGUGACGUGUGUGGUCAGGGCUUGCUGUGGACAGGCAUCAGCUGUAUGCAGUACAUCUCCGUGCCACGAUCGGUGACUUGGGUUGAAGCGCAAAACACUUGCUUGUCACGUGGCAUGCUGCUAGCGAGCUUGAACACGCCACCGGAGUGGAGAGCAUUUAGAACUAUUUUAAAUUUUCGUCCAAAUGACACUGUCUACCUUGGGUAUCGAUAUGUACCCUAUGGUCUUUACAUGUAUCAGGAGACGGUGGUAUCGGCAGACGGCGCUGUUACCUACUGGAUACCUUUACCAAUCUAUAGCAAUCGAAAGGAAUCGUGUAGCUAUUAUUCAUUUCAAGAUAACAACUAUAUUGCCAUGACCCAUUGCUACAGACACAUUAUCGAUAAGUUCCCAUGUGAGAUAGCAUCGGAUUCUUCUUUUCAAAAAGUAGAAAUGCCUCGGCCAGCGUCAGACAUCUGGACGAAAAAUCACGUGACCUGCCCAUCACAGCACGUGACACACACGUUCCUGGCGUGUGACGUUAGAAGCGACUGUUGGGAGGAGCGGUACGACACCUCGUGGUCCUGCAGCGCGCCGGUCGUACCGGUCCCCCCGGCCUUCACGUGCGACAGCGGCGCCGAACGCGUGCCCUACACCUUGGUGUGUGACCACCGCGCCGACUGCUCCGACCGCAGUGACGAGGACUUUUGCCAGUUUCCAGCCUGUAAUGUUGACGACUUCCACUGUGAUAAUGGUCAGUGUAUAUUGCAGAGCCAGAAAUGUGACCAUCAUCCCCAGUGUUACGACCAAACAGAUGAAAAGUUUUGUUCCUUUUAUCCGAUAAAAAAGAUUGUCCAGACCUCCGCACCUCCUGGACUGGUGGAGAUAAAUAACAAAGGCUUGUUUAAGGUCAAACGGUUAAACAAAACGUCUUCCUGUCCAGAGACUCAUUUCCAGUGUCCUAAUGGGUACUGUGUCCCUGUGUAUGUCCGUUGCAACGGUGUAUUCGACUGUCCCGGGAAAGGGGACGAAGCUGACUGCGAGACCUACACCUGUCCCGGCUACUACCGAUGUCGCGGCUCGCGCGUGUGUGUGCACGCUGACCACCUAUGUGACACCUGGCCGCAGUGUCAGCAGGCAGACGACGAGCUGUUGUGUAACCUGACUUGUCCUGACACCUGUGUGUGUCACGGCCUGGCCUUCACCUGCACAGACAGCUUCCCCGCCCACCAGUAUCUCGACCUGAAGUUUCUCGACGCCCGUGGCUCGGCCAUGACCUUUAGUGACUUGAGCGACAACACGAUGCUGAUCCACCUCAGUCUGGCCCAGUGUGGCCUCACGCAUGCGCCGAGCGUGGGGUUCCCCAACCUGCGCUCACUGGAUCUGAGCGACAACCUUCUUCACUCCAUCAGCAGUGACUUACUGGAUAAGCUGCCCAGACUGGAGACCUUGUCCCUCGCGGACAACCCUCUCACGUCCCUGCUUCCUACAGGACCCACACCCACUGUGUACUCAACUCUUCAUGCUCUUGACCUUUCCGGCGUGAAGAUACCUGAGCUGAACGACUCCAUCUCCAAGACUUUUCCUAACAUCAGACAUUUAAACUUGACAAACGCGCAAGUAGAGCGUGUUACAGACGACAGUCUGUUGCUGCUGACACAGUUACAAACACUUGACCUGAGAGGAUGUCCCCUGUCAUCAUUCUCAUCACGUGUGUUCAGACCUUUGAGCAAGCUUCAUGCUGUGUAUGCCGACACUUACAGGAUGUGCUGUCCAGCCAACCUUCCUGAAAACUUUGACCUCAAUCAGUGUGUGUCGCCACCAGACAGAAUUUCCUCCUGCGAUUCUCUUCUGGGCUCGACUGUGCUUCGAGCGAGUGUGUCCGUCUACACCAUUGUUGCUGUGACUGGAAACACACUCAUCUUGCUGCACCACACCUACAUAAGGAAAGUAGACAUGGCUGUGUGCUUUAACAUGCUGCUAAUACAUCUGUGUGUGGCUGAUCUUAUGAUGGGGGUGUACUUGACGAUAAUUAGUGUUGCUGACCAGGCCUUCCUCGGCCACUACCUGUGGAUGGACGUGGCUUGGAGAAAUGGCGCUGCCUGCAGGUUGGCCGGGUUCCUGGCUGUUCUUUCCAGACAAGCCUCAGCUUUUAUUGUCUGCCUCAUUACUCUAGAUCGUUUACUCGCUAUUGUGUUUCCGGUCAGUUCUGCUCGAUUUCGCCGGAGUGCGGGCUGGAUGGUGUGUACAAUGAGCUGGGUGGCAGGACUGUGUGUUGCUAGUUUAUCUGUGUUACAAGCCCCGUCAUCCGACACCAUGUACAGUCAGAGUGGACUCUGCAUCCCGCUACCUACAGAUAGGUUAGACAACUGGAAGGAAAUCGUUGCUCUUAAAGUCGUAUUUGUUUUUAAUCUUCUUCUUGUCCUCUUAAUCGUUUUCGGCAAUGUUUUCAUAUUCUGGAGAGUUUUCUCCACAAACUUGCUGUUUUCAGACACUAGACCAAAGUCGAGAGAACUGAUCAUCGCGAGGAGAGUUAACCUCCUUGAUGCAGUGGAUGCUACUUGUUGGUGUAUAAACUUGUUUGGACUUUUACCUUUUCUUUCCAGUAAUGUUGGAGUCAACCUGAUUAUUUUUGUCUUGCCUCUACCUUCUGUUCUCAACCCCUCUUGUAUUCUUACAGUUUUAUUUCAGAACAUAUGGAGAAAAAGAGAGAAGAAGAACUGA